GCUUUCGAGUCGCAACAGCUCCUCGCCUCCUUCGACAUUCAUAAUCCUCUUCGACUUAUCCUCUCAUCCGAUUCACGCCAACUAGUUUACACGACAUCCACCAAAGACGACUACAAAAUCUGCAUUUGUGAUACUCCACCCGACAUCCUUGCUCAGGCCCGUCUCAUUGCAGGCAAAAGGUCAACCCUCAAUCAUCUACUGCAUGUGCGCAUCUCAUUAUUUUGUUCAUGACACCACUCACCCACCUUCAUCAUUGCAGUCUGAUGCAACUCAUCGUCCUCCUGCCGGGCACCGCAGACCACCAAUAUCCGCCAUACCUAUUGCACCGAGACCUCUGCCCACAAGAGACCCGCAACAACCCACUUUCCUUCGCCUCAGCAAAUUUUUUCACUUCUCUCCUCGCGCGAAUGCAGUUCCUGUUUGUCACAUCCAACCUCGUGAUCCUCUAGAUGUUCCUGCUGCAUUACCCCUACCAUCCCCUCUUUCAGGUCAGGUCGCAACUCGAUUUGAUCAGUUUGAAAUAAAUUCCCCACCUCCACGCUCGAACGGAGUCGUGCAAUCCCUACGGCAGCAUCUCUCUUUCCUAGUGCCCAAACACAGCCAUGGGCCACCAGUCGUUGAAGUCGCACCAGGACGGAAAGUCACUCGGCUUCUUGCUGCCAAACUACCGGAAUACAAGAAAGUAGACGAUACCCGACAUCCCUCUAGCCAACAAGCUACCGUGCCGCAGGAAAACGACACAGCUGACAUCAAUUCGCUCCCAGAUGUGCAUUGGGUCAAGGCGUUCCUCUGCUAUUACUCGUGUUUGUCUCAUGGCAGACUGAGGAUGCCUCCUCGAUGGCGCUUGGAGCGUGUUGACAUACCCCGCCAGGAUGGUGCAGCAAGUAGCAGCCGUGGUGGUGCUCAUGAUCGCAGUUAACUUCGUAUGCACUCGUCCACAUUUGUUGUAUGAUAUAUGCUCCGUAACUGAUGUUUCAACUCGUGUAUUAAUUAUGUGCUAUCUGCAAUACUUGCUGCAUUUACCAAAUUCCAUCAGAAGAUGAACUUCAUCAGAUCCCCAUCCUCGUUGACGGUUAUCUCCCACAGAAUGUUGAUCUGCUCAAGACUGAAAUGGCCUCAUUG